GGCGCGGCCCCGCCGGCUCGGCCAGCGCUCCCUCCCGCCGCGCCAGCUCCAGGCGCUCCCGCUGGGGCAUGGCCGAGACUGCCAGCUCCUCGCGCCGCCCCGCCGCGGACAAGUGCGAGGCGAGAGGUGCGGGGGCGGCCCGAGCGCGCUGGCGGCUGCUCGGACAGGUUCUGAAGAAAAAGCACUUGAAAGAUGUGCAUCUCCAACAAGUAUCUGUAAGAAGGUUUGCAUCGUUCAAUCUCUUUUCAGUAGAAGACCAGAAUAUGGAAGAGGAAACCGGGACUUGGGUUCAAUAUAAAAGCAUCUUUUAUCCUGAGUAUAGUGUGUCCUUAAGAUUUCACAAUGGUCUCUUAAAUGUUAAAGAUGUUCUUACAAGUUUUGACAAUACAGGGAAUGUCUGUCUCUGGCCGUCUGAAGAAGUGCUGGCUUACUACUGCCUAAAGCAUAAUGAAAUAUUCAGGGACCUUGCUGUGUGUGAGCUGGGGGGUGGCAUGACAUGCUUGGCUGGGCUCAUGGUUGCUAUUUCUGCAGAUGUCAAAGAAGUUCUGUUAACUGAUGGAAAUGAAAAGGCCAUCAAAAAUGUAAAUGAGAUCAUCACAAGAAACCAAAAUGCUGGAGUAUUUAAGGCUCAGAAAGUGUCAAGCCGCAUUCUACGAUGGGAUAAUGAGACAGAUGUCUCUCAACUGGAAGGACAUUUUGACAUUGUUAUGUGUGCUGACUGCCUGUUUCUGGACCAGUACAGAGCUAGCCUUGUUGAUGCAAUAAAGAGAUUACUCCAACCCAGUGGAAAAGCAAUGGUAUUUGCUCCACUCCGAGGGAAUACUUUAAACCAGUUUUGCAAUCUAGCUGAAAAAGCUGGUUUCUCUAUCCAAAGACAUGAAAAUUAUGAUGAACACAUUUCGAACUUCCACUCCAAGUUGAAAAAUGAAGAAAGAGAUACAUAUGAGGAAAACCUCCAUUACCCUUUUCUUCUCGUUUUAACCAAACACAGAUAGAAGAUGACACCUUUUUUUGUUUUAAGAUGGACUACUGAAAAUUAAUCCAUGUAUGUAAAUGUUCAGGGAGGGGGGCAGUGUUCAUUUUCCCCUACUUAUGUUCCUGACUCAUCAUUAGAGAAAUAUUUCUAAUCUAAAUUCUGAGGAAGAUAUUGUGGCUUGUUUUACAGAGUGUAAACAUAGAGACAUUUUUUUUUUUGUAUCAGUUUAGAACUUAUUUUCCAGUUAUAUUGCAGCCUAAAACUGAUCAGUCUUCACAUUUAUGCAUUAACAAAGGUGUAAAGCUGGCUUCCUUCUCUUUUGUGCCUUUAAACUUGCAUGUACUUUGCUAAUGUCUUUAAAUGCUAUUUUUGAGGUGUAUUUGAAAAUAUAUGAAAAAUAUACUUUUUGGGCUUAUAUAACUGGUUGUAAAGAAGUGAAUGCAUUGACAUUUAACUAGUAAGGAAAUAGUUGUCUGAGGAUCUUUUAGAAGUGCACCUAUUGAAUGAAUACUUGUAUUUUUCUGCCUUUUUUUUUUUUAAUUCCACUGUUGAUUUUUCUAUCCGUGAUUGAAAUGUCCUCAUCUGCUUCAGUGUUGAAGGCUUUUUUUCUGUAUGUGUGGAUGUAUGUUUUUUUCCAGCAGGACUUUUCCUCCUGUAGAUGUAUAAGAAAUUAUGCAUCAGACAAAAGCCUCAUAAACUGACCAUUUGUCCUUUGGACACAAUAGCCUGCCCAGCCCCUCUGCUCCUCCUCUCCAAUUAUGUGUGAUUAGUCUCAGUGUGUUGUGUCAAGAAGGGGGAGUGUGCUGAGUGCUUAUUAUCUGUUUAGGUACAAGAAGAGCACAUUUAGGUUCUGACUAUGAAUGGAAAGUGAGCCUUUAUCAGGACUAAAAUCUAAAUGCUACUAUCCUAGAAAUGGCUUUAAAAAAAAACACAUCUUUUUUGAUAAUAUAACAACCAAAGGAUUUUAUAGUGUAAUCAAACUCUCUCCCUUGAAUUAGUUUAUAUUGGGAUAUAUUGUGGCCCACAUUUUUGGUAAACAUUUAAUGUUAUUUUUCUUGGUCUUGGAAAGAGAAAAA